GUUGCCUGUACCCAAACUUUUUUACGCGUAACGACUCCAAUCGCUCCAAACUCGCACACACACUUAAGUGCAAGACACAGCCAGAAUGGGUAUCAAGCACCUCUUCCAGCUCAUUCAAGAGCACGCGCCCGGCGCGAUUAAGACUGGCGAGAUCAAGAACCAGUUCGGUCGCAAAGUAGCUAUCGAUGGGUCCAUGAGCAUCUACAGUUUCCUCAUCGCCGUACGAUCAGAUGGCCAGCAACUCAUGAGCGACACCGGCGAGACCACAUCACAUCUCAUGGGCCUUUUCUACCGCACACUACGUAUGGUCGACAACGGCAUCAAGCCCCUCUACGUCUUCGAUGGCGCCCCCCCGAAGCUCAAGUCCGGCGAGCUUGCGAAACGUUUCCAGCGCAAGACCGAAGCGCAAGCCGGCAUGGAGGAGGCGAAGGAGACUGGUACAGCGGAAGACGUCGAGAAGUUUUCGCGGCGAACAGUCAGAGUUACAAGGGAGCACAAUGCGGAAUGUCAGCAGCUCCUCAAGCUCAUGGGCAUUCCUUUCAUCAUUGCGCCUACCGAGGCUGAGGCACAAUGCGCGGUUCUCGCGAGAGGAGGCAAGGUGUAUGCUGCUGCUUCGGAAGAUAUGGAUACAUUGACAUUCAACACACCCAUCCUGCUGAGGCACCUCACCUUCAGUGAGCAGCGCAAGGAGCCUAUUCUCGAGAUCCACCUUGACAAGGUGCUUGAGGGCCUCGACAUGGAGCACAAGCAGUUCAUCGACCUCUGCAUUCUUCUCGGCUGCGAUUAUCUCGACCCAAUCAAGGGCAUCGGCCCCAGCACCGCACUGAAGAUGCUUCGAGAGCAGAAAGAUCUCGAGGGCGUUGUCGAACACAUCAAGAAGGGCACAAAGUUCACCAUCCCUGACGACUGGCCGUUUGCCGAUGCACGCACACUCUUCCUCGAGCCCGACGUACGACCUUCCGACGCGCCCGAAUGCGACUUUAAGUGGGAAGCGCCUGAUGUGGAGGGUCUCGUCAAGUUCCUAGUCGAGGAGAAGCACUUCAACGAGGACAGGGUACGCAACGGCGUUGCCAAGCUGCAGAAGAACAUGAAGACUGCACAGCAAAGCCGCUUGGAGGGCUUCUUCAAGCCUGUUGAGAAAACAGCUGAAGAGAAGGCAAGCUUGAAGCGCAAGGCGGACGAGAAGCUCGAGGCCAAGAAGAAGAAGCAGAAGGAGGAUGCGAAGGCGAAGAAGCAAGCGAAGGCGAAACCUAAGGGUGCUGCUUGAGGGAACAUUGUCGCUUAGCUUGCUAGUAUGUAGCUAGAUUUUGGUCAUGAUGCCGAUGACGAGAUGGUAGCUGGCGUUUAUAAGGCGUUUGGUUUCAACGUUGCGCUAUCAGAUCUGGCUGGCGUGCCAAAGGACGUCAACAGUGCCCAACGGAGUCCGCUCUCAUGACAUUGAGGGAAGUCAUGCACCUGCAGAGAUAUACCAAGAGACACCAAAACAGUCAAAUGUUCAACUACACAUGCUCCCCUGUGU